CCGAUGGCGCGCGGAAAGCACUUUUUGCGAUGCCCGAUGGCGGAAAGCACUUUUCAAAAAGCACCGGCUAGCUAAUCAACAGACCACCACCACCAGCAGCCCUUCUCUAAUCGCUCCAGAAUCCGCCAAUUCUUCUCGAUCGCCGUAGAUCUCUCCCCCGCCCCCGCAGCGGCGGCCGUUUCUGUGGCACGCGUCUCGCGAUACUAUAUAUAUACCUGAACAACAUCAAAAGGAGUGAUGGCACUAUCACGUAAUAUGAGGACAUGUUUGCAUAGUGGAAGACUUGCCGCCUUGGCAAUACUGCUCUCUGGUGGAAUUGUAUUGCAGAUUUUGGCCUGCGCUCUAUAUAACAACUGGUGGCCAAUGUUAACAGUUCUGAUGUACCUCGUACUACCCAUGCCACUCAAAAAGUUCCUCAACUCCGAUUCUCCAUCGAUCAUGUCGAAUGAGGGUGAUUGGUGGGUGAACUUCACCAAGUUCCUGACAGGCACGUCGAUUGUGGGUAGCAUCACCAUCCUGUUGAUCCUGAAGCAUGCAGGCAUCAUCGGGUGGGGUGCGCUAAAGAUGGAGCUGUCUUCCUUCGCCGUCUUAGGGCUGGCCAUCAUGUGGUUCCUCCAGAUGAACGCCAAGGAUGCCGAAGACUUCGAGGACGCCGAGGCACUAUCACGUAGUAUGAGGACAUGUUUGUAUAGUGGAAGCCUUGCCGCCCUGGUCUCUGGUGACUCCGAGACACUAUCAUCACGUAGUAUGAGAACAUGUUUGCAUAAUGGAUGCCUUGUCGUCCUGGUCUCUGGUGGGAUUGUAUUGCAGAUUUUGGCCUGCGCUCCAUAUAACAACUGGUGGCCAAUGUUAACAGUUCUGAUGUACCUCAUACUACCCAUGCCGGUCAUAUUUUUCCUGGGCUCCGAUUCUCCAUCGAUCAUGUCCAAUGAGGGUGAUGGGUAAUGUUUUGUUUUUUCCUAAGAAAAUGGGGGAGGAUUUCGUGGAACAAUAAGAGCUCAAGACCUAGCGAAGAUGCACAGACACUGCAAACACACGCAGUUCAUGCCACAAUCCAAAAAGAAUGUCUGAAACAAGGGAGAAAGCUACAACUUCUUCUGAAGACAUAUUGUGCAGCAUGUUGGUGUAUGAAUGUAAAAGAGAAAGAGAUGCAUAUGUGUAUCUAAAAACUGUUUAAAAAUUGAAGUGAUUUACCGGGUGAGCAGGAGCAGCGACCAGCAACUCUGAUGUUCCAGGCAUUAAAAUUAAUCAGAGUGAAACUGUCCUCAGGAGAGAUCUGGUGAUGCAUUAACUAUUCACUCGUCCUAGUCGAGCUUCCAGGACAGGUUGUGGCAAUCUUCGGUGACAGCUGGUAGCGGCUUCGAUGCCCAGAUCCACCGGCAUCAUCUUCGUCCAUUUCCAACAUCACCAAAAUAGAUAUCACUGAAAAAAGAAGGAAAAUAACGACCUGGAUGACAUACAAAGGUGUACACCAGAGAGAGCCAUUACAGUUCACAUGUUAUUUAGCGAGUGGACAAUUUCGAAACAGUAGCAGUGCUUGCAUCUAAGCAACAAUAAAGGGCAUGUGAACUGCCUUUGCGAAAGGGCACGUGAACUGAAACUCUGAAAAUGGGCAUCCACUGCAGAUAUGUAUGUGGCUGAAAACUCUGAAAAUCAAAUUAUUGAUGAGGAGCCAGCACAGCAGCCAGCAACUCUCAUGUUUCGUGCUGUUCCUGGCUUUUGGCAUGGUGAUAUGCGGAUGCGAACAAUACAAGGUCCUGUUAUGCAGUGUCCGGCCCCAUUAUGCCGUGUUGGUGUCCUUUAUCAGCAAGGACACCGACCUAAGUACCCAAUCUGCUAGUAAAGCAUCCGCCAAACUUUGGUGCAAGUGCCUUGACUCCUCAAGAGAUCGAGUGCUGGCGCUGCAUUCACGAGUUGACUGAGCUCAGGAUGGCUCCGAAGCCAUCAGCGUCAUCUUCAUCCAGGAAACAGAGAGCUGUCUCCUUGCCAUUUGCCAACAUCACCAAGAUGUAUCACUGAAAAAAGGAGGAGGAAAAUAACAUACAAGGGUUACAGUUCGCAUCUUAAUUAGUUUUUUCACAACGGCGAUAGCACAUUUGGAAACAGUAGCAGAGACAGGAACAGUUGCAGGGCAGAGCAGGGUUGAACCUUUGAGCUGAUGUGUACAUGAGGCCAGGAAACAGAAAUUCAAGACAGCCUGAUGAUGUACAUCUCAAACAGUUUCCCGUCAGGAAAACUACAGCUUAAGCUAGAAACGCAUGGCAUUACCCAACAAAGAAGAAGGAGGUGCGUGAGACUCAAAAGCAUAAAUGCGACAUGACAAGGAGCUAACUUUUAAGGAGUAACAUGUCUCAAAAGCUACGACCGGAGGUCUGGCCUGCUACAUUAUUUACUCCUCGCUGAGUUCAGGAUAUUCCUUGCGAGCAUCAACGACAGCUUGUGGUGAUUCGAGGCCCAGCGCCAUCAUCUUCAUGCAGCUCAUUCAGGAAACAGAGUCUCCUUUCCAACAUUAGACAGGCGACCAAAAUAAAAUAAUCCUCCGGAGAGUAGCUAGCACUGCAAUCGUUCGGCCACAUUUUUUUCAGUGGUUAGACUAUAAAAGACUUCAAGAAUGUAUAACAACAUCCAAAUCGCUGAAAAAGGUGAGAAGAGCGUAUAUGUAAAAUAACGCAUCUAGUCAUAAUGUAAAAAUCUGCUGAUCCAAAACAUAACUGCCUGCACCUCACAUAUUUGCACUAACUAAUCUCUAACUGAAGGCUUUGAAUAACUACAUGCCCAUCUAGUCAUAGAUUUGAAUAACUACAGGCACAUCUAGUCAUAGAUUUGAACACAACCCAACACAAAGGCUGCCCAUCCUGCCUGCACCUCACAGCAGGUUUUAGUGAUUUUGAUGCCCAAUGCCAUUGGCAAGUUUACCCAUUCAUAGUCUGACCCAAAAGUAAAGGCAUAAAUAUGUACUCCCUCCGUUCCAAAAUAUAGUGCGUCCUCGGUUUCCGUGCUUUAACUUUGACCAUAAAUUUAACCAACGAGACCAACCGCGGCAGGAGAAAAAAAUAUAUAUUUGAAAACUUCUUUUGAAUACGAAUUCAGUGGUAUAAUUUUUUCUCCCGCCACAAUCGGUCUCGUUGAUUAAAUUUAUGGUCAAAGUUGAACCUCAAAAAGCGUGGGCGCGCUAUAUUUUGGAACGGAGGGAGUAGGUACUAAUUACUACUUCAAAUCAAAUCAACCCACCAAACAUAAGCAACAGGUUCGCCAAAGUACAUCUGGGGAGAGAACAUAGUUUACCAUUCCUGGCAUCCAGGACAAAUAGAUAACCAUCUGCUACAUAGGCCUCCAGCAUCGGUAGCAGCACAAAUCAUCGCUCGGUAAAAUCAGAUUAUUGAGAUAUUCAUCUAUAAGCAUACAUAACAGCAUCCAUAUCAAAAGUUGAGGAAACGUAGUUCAAAAAAAAAAACUGUAACAGCAUAAUCGAUAGUAAAUGAAAUAACAAUAGCAUCAGCCUGAUCAAGUUAUAUUAAGAAGAUUCAUCGCAAAAAAAAGGAGAUUUGUAUUAAGAAGAUGAAUAAUACGAAUAUUGACUGCUAAUCAGCAAUGGUCAUCUGACUGCUAUAUAUCGCAGAGUAGUCAGCAAUGGUCAUCUGCUACUGCAAAUUAAUUGAUGACUGCUAACAUCAAAAUUUAACAGCAAUAUAUAGCAAUCGUAUAUUGAACUGGGAAGGACUGUAAUCAUAUAUAAGAGCAUCCAAAUCGUCGAUAAGACAAGAAGAGCUCAUCAAGUGUUUAGUUCAGGAACCUGUAACAUCAACACGGAUGAAUGCAAUGGCAUUACCCAAUUUAACAACAUCGAAAUCGUUGAGAGAACUAUUGAGAAGAAGCAGAGUGUAACAGGGGCACAAAAGCUUGCUUCAUAAAAGAGCACGACGACUAC